ACUGUUGUGUUCAAACAGGAGACAUGGGACUGUGGAGUCACCACAACUCUACCGGGGAAAAAUAAGUCGUUUCACGGUGAAGACGUUGACUGGAGACGGCGAAUUGGUUUUGUUUUUUGUCACUUGUGUGUUUCUGUCUUGGACCGGAAGAGAAACAACUUAAAUGACAACUUUAGUUAUCCGUGGUUUUUUGAUACCUAGGGCAAAGUGCCACACCUUCGCGUAGCGCAACAGCUCCUCCACAAAGCUGGCCAAAUGGGGUGCCGAUGCUGCCGGAUGAUAAAAAGCUACAUCCAUGACCCGUCAGAGGCGGUGGACGUGAAGAGCGACUCUGCAGGCAAUUCGCUCUACCAUGCCCACCAUCUUCCAGGCAGGGCCCUCAGCAGUGAUGCACUCAGCGGCCACAACAAUCAGAAGCAGGGCUUCCACAACCUAGGCUACAGCAAGUCGUACGACAGCACUCUGAAACUAGAGGUGGACAACAACCACGUCAACCAAAGGCUGCACGCGGCGCCUUCUUCUGCGAAGGAGCAGCACCAGCAGGCGAGUGCCCUACCAGCGGAGGGGGGUCUGUACAUCAUCCAGCCAGACGCUAUGGGACCAAGAUGGAUGAUACAGGAAAAAACCCCGAGUCAGGUGCCGGUUUACCCCAGCAUAGGUGAGUAUGAGAACCAAAGAAGCUACGGCGAGCAGGAACACCGCGCGAGAAGGAAAGAGUGGGAUGGUUCCAUCCCAAAGUGCGCGACCAGCAGCGAAAGCCUGUCGGCAGAUGAGAUCGAUGAGGGCGUGGGAGGGACGCCAGAGUACCCGUGCGACACGGGGGACGAGGGGAGCGUCCUGUCGGUGGACAUCCACACCAGCAACACCAGCCUGUCCUCCGUCGACACCAGGGACGAGCUCAGGCGGCGCAGGACUCUCGACGUUUCCACCAUGGAGAGCGGGAUCUCGGUGACAAAGAGCGAGUACGAGGAAGAGGAGGCGCCGAGCGACGAGGAGGAGGAGGUGCAGAGUGUCACGGACUCUAUGGUGGCGGAGGCGCUCGCUGCCCUCGAAGCCGCCACCGCCGGCGAGGACUUUGAUUGACACACCUCAGUGCGUCCUCUCACUUUUCACCCACAAGCCUCGAUUCAGAUUUAAAUGCGACUUGACACAGCAUUUUGGAAAAAGCUGAAUCUGAAAUGAAACCACCCGCGGUGUUUCAUGACAGAAAACUGGAAACAAAUGAAGGAAAACUCUGUUUACAAAUAAAAGAACAGACUUAUUUUUGAACUGGAAGGUUUUUUGGGUUUGUUUGUUUUUUUUAGUUUGUUGUGGUCAUACAGAAGGAGAAUUGUAUCUGCCUCAUGAAGGAGGCAAUCAUUGUAAAGCUGCAAUGUUGUUUUCAAAAAAGCCACAAAUGUGUAGUUUGUGAACAUCAUCUGCUGCCAUAUUCGCUUUUUUUGAAUAUAUUUAUCACUCCACAGUCCCAAUAAGCCUGUAUCAGCAGCCACUGCUUUGCCAUAGGACUCUAGUGUCCUUGCCAUAUCUUGUCUUCAUAGGAAUUUUGCCCCAUUUUUUAUAAGCUACCAAUCUUCAUUUUUAUUAUUUAUAUCUGCACCCACGUCAUUUUUGAUCCAUCAAAUGAAACUCAAUCACAAAAGAAAAGAAGGAGUGUGAUUCGUAUGUAUAUGUCGUUGAUUUUUAACCAAAAUGAAUGUAAUAUCUACUUUUUAAUUUAGAAACGUGUUUAUCCACCAGACACACUGACUGCACACUUAAUUCAUGUGUAUUUUCCAUGCACAGUGUUUGUGUGAGACCACGUCAUGGGGUGGAAUCUAUGCAGAUCUGUAAAUCCAGAGCAGGUUAGUAUGAAGAUGAAGUCUCCAGUACAUUUCACUCUCUGUCUCAGAGUUUAACGAGAGCGUCUGACGUUGUGAGAAUUGACUCACAAGACUGUCUGAAAAUGGAGUGAUUGAGAAGAUCAAUCAACGACUGGAAGUCUGCAGUGACAAAGGGCGAGAAACAACCUAAAUGGAUGAAGUUUGCUCUACACACACACACACACACACACACAACAGUCGCUGAUCUAAUCACCUGCCAAGUGUUUUGUGAAAGCACUCGCCCCUUUUUGAAGGAUGACAUUCCAGAUGUAAAAGAUCCGGUGUGUCGAGUUUUUUAUUAUUAUUAUUAUUUUAUAGGUCAGGGUUUGUUUCUUGUCUUGCCUGUGACAUUAGUUCAACUCCGCUUGCUUAUGUGCCUAAUUAUGAACUAAUCGAGGUCAGACUGUACAGAAGAAAUUGCAGAUAUGGCUUAUUGUCUUUCUUUCUUUUUUUUUUAAAUGUCUUCAGUCAUCGUGUGUCUGCCAAAUAAUUUCACAUUAUAUUUGUAUUGUAAAGUAAACAAAUGUACGUUAAGAAUAAAAACCUAAACACUAAGA